UACUGAAUCAAAAAGUUCAUUUAUUAAGCUGGUCAUUAAUAUUAAAGUUUUCAAGUAAAUGCCUGUAGUGCUAAAUAUAGCUCAAUUUAUAUAGGUGUGAUAAAUAAAGUGUAUGACAAUGGCGUUUUUCAGUGACUACGAGUUUUCAAGUAUAGGAAAUCCAAGUCUUUCCGUUUCGACCACGCAAGCGUCUACACAGACAAAAUAAUAUGGCCAUGAGUGAGGAAGUACAGUUGACAGUAGAUCCGGCUGAAGAAGAAAUCUUUAUGGCACAGGAAGCAUUCCCGGCGAAAGGGAUGUGCUGUCCUGUAAAUGAUUGUUAUAAUUUUGAGUACUUUCAACACCCCAGUGACCUUAAACGUCACAUGAUAAAAAUCCACUUGCCCAUGCAUAAGGAAUAUGUUUGCAACAAAUGUGGUGAACAUUUUGCUAGAAUAAGGGGCUACAAUGCCCAUGCGUCAGAAAAGAGAUGUGAGGGUCAAGGGGAAGAAGGGGUCACACCUCGCUUCACCCAUAAUGAUAAAUAUAUUGACCCAAAAGGUGUAAGACCUCCCUUGGGAGGUUUUGUCAAAAUUAAGAUGUCACCUUUUGAAAGGAGACAGGCGCGGAAGGCGGCUGUGGGCAACAAAUUUGCCUCACAACGCCUUCAGCGUUAUUCAAGGGAUGCUGACGCUAGGGCAUGUCGCAUCGCCUUGGGGUUUCUAGACCCUACUGUUAAGCGAGUGGGUUGAAAAUUAAGUUGUUGGGGUUUUUUUUUUUGGUAUGAUAUUUUAUUAAUUAACACCGGGUGUUGUGCUGUUUUCUUCAGCUGUGCGUCAUUGUAUACUCUUUUUGUCAAUAUAAUAUAAAACUUCAAUAUAGUUCUAAGAGGGAUAACAUAUUUUGGUUUUCCCCAUCUUUAUGGAUCCUAGGUCACAGUAUUUGGGAAUUGUUCACCUUUCAUAACGACAAAAUAUCCUACUUACUAAAAAAAAAAAAAGAGAUAUUAGAUCAUAUUUGUACAAUUCAUAGUUAUAGUUCUUAAAACGUGUGUACUCAUUUAUUUAGUACACUUGUGCUUAUCAUUCGUUAAGUACUUUUGUAACCCUUUCUUUCACAAAUAC